UUGUCUAAACUUUCCGGAAGAUUAAAACGCGUUAAAAAAAUUAGAAAAGAAAGUGCAUUGUAUAGUGAAAAUGGAAAUAUUACCGUGGUGGUUGCUCCUUUUUUUCACUUUAGCGUUUAUCAUUUACCGCGCAUACAUAAAUGGUUAUCUUUUGACAACUUUGUAUGGAAUACCUUUUAUUGGUAUUAAAUACCCAUACAUUUAUGGAAAUUGCAAGGAGCAAUUAGCUCUGGAAAUAUCUAAGCUAUACAAAAAAUAUCCACAGCCCUUAAUCGGGUUUCGCUUAUUUUUCAACAGCUUAGCAGUGAUAAUAUCUGAUUUACAACUCGUGGAGUUGGUAUUAGUGAAAAAUUUUAGCAGCUUCCAGAACCGAGGCUUAUUUCACAACGAGAAAAUUGAUCCAUUAUCAGGAAUUUUAGGCACUGUUGAUUACGAGCAAUGGAAGCCGAUGCGACGGAAACUAAAGCCUGCAUUCAAAUCAUCGACGAUGAAGGAAAUUUUUCCGCAACUAAAAAAUAUGUGUGACAGCUUUGUUGAACAUGUAAAUAAAAUAACGUACAAUGGCGAGCAAGUUAUCGACAUUGUUGAUACAUUUUCCCGAUUUACUACUGAUGCCAUUGAAGCAAUUGCCUUUGGCAAGGAUUGCAGAGAAUCGGCUGAACGUCUGCGCGAAAUGAUUGCAAAGGCUAAACAACCUUAUUUAAAGUUUACUUUGAACCGAAUCGCCAUCGCCUUUCCCAAUGUGGCACGGUGGCUUAGAAUAAGAAAACAUCCUAAGGAAGUUUCAGAUUUUUUUGUGAAUUUUGUAUCACGAAUUGUAGAAUAUCGAAAGACAAAUGAUGUACAAACAAACGAUUUUAUGCAAACACUAAUUGAUGCGGACUUAGAAAUUGCCCAAAUCGCCGCCAUAGCGUUCGACUUUCUGUCAGCAGGCUAUGCUGACUCUUCAUCGACACUUGCAUAUUAUCUAUACGAACUAGCUAUGAAUAAAUCUAUUCAAGAUAAAGCACGUGCUGAGAUACGAAGUAUUUUAGAUAAGAAUGUCCUAAGUUAUGACGUGUUGCAGAAGCUGACUUAUUGCAACCAAAUAAUGAAAGAAACGGAAAGGAAGUAUCCCGUGGCUGGGAUAGGGAUGAGAGUGGCGACUAAGCCAUUCAAUGUGCCCGACACUAAUAUUACCAUUCCACGCGGAAUGAGGGUAUUUAUACCUAUUUAUGCCAUACACCAUGACGAAAGGUACUAUCCUGAUCCCGAAGUCUUCGAUCCGGAUCGAUUCACGGACGAAUCGAGAGCUCAACGUCCGAGAUAUUCAUUUCUGCCUUUUGGAGAGGGCUCCAGGCAGUGUAUUGGAUACAAAUUCGCCGAAAUGCUGAUUGGGAUUGGAAUUGUAUCGCUAUUACAAAAUUUCGAAUUUUCUAUCUGUGAGCAAACUCAAAUUCCGAUAGAAUUCAAUGAAUAUAAAAAUACGCUACACCCGAAAAAUGGUGUCAUAUUGAAAAUUCGGCGUAUUUAAGUAUCAUCCUUAUUAUUCUAUUCUAUAUAUCAAUUUUCAUGUGGCUUUAAAAAGUUAUACACUUUUUAAAAGUUCAUAAGUCGCAACCACGCUUAUUAUUCUUUUGCCAAAAUUUUACUUUUUUACGUCACAUAAGUCUCGUCAUUGCUUUUCUUUUACUUAUAUAUAUUUGUAUAUUUAUAUGUGUCGCAGGUGAAAUAUAAUGAAGUAUAACAAUGUUUAUGAGGCCUGCAAUGGCUCGGUCGGUAGGGCGACGGACUCGCACCCGGUAGGCCCGGGUUCGAUUCCCAGUACCUGCUGAUUGAUACAAGCACCACUGAAAAAAGUUUCAUGUGCUUUGUUCUCAAACACAUGCAAGACUCCAUCGCUGAUUAGCACUGAUGGAGCAUAAAAAUAGAGCGACGUUAAAUAAAAAAAAAAAAAUAACAAUGUUUACGAUAGUAAGCAAGUUUAUAGUUUCAAAAAUGAGUAAGUGCUUUUCAUCGAAUGAAUGGGGGUAGUGAGCUGUUAAACAUCUGUCGAAUAUCGAACUGCUUCGAACGAAUAUCAUAGUAAUCUGGAAAAGCGUUGAAAGUCAAGACAUAUACGAAAUGUGAGUGUGAGGCCCAGAAUAACGAUAAGGGUGAGACUGCGUGCAGCCAGUUCUUGUGCCUAUCAAGUUAGAUAACAUCAAGUGAAAUUACCAUUUUUCCAAUAUCCCACAUACAUUACAUGUACAAAAAAAUAAUUAUUGUAAAUCUGUUAUUUGUUAACCUAUUAUAAAAUGGAAUUUUAUAUGCCGAAUAAUUUUUUGGAUCGUAAGAUAUAAAAAUGCAACUUUCAGUUCCGAACAUUAAUAUUUUAUGCUGGUUUUAUCGACAUUAUAAAAAAGUUUUGUACUAUCACUACCCAACUAGUAAAAUUACAAUAACUUUUCAACGUUUAGUGUAGUGAUUUUACUAUCUUGAAACUUGUAAAGUUACUAGUGCUAAUAAAUGUACUCUAACCACUUCUGUAAAUGCACUAUCUAUUUUACUACUUUCAAACUGGGACAAAACUCCAUUUCGUCCACUCAGACUAGUAAUUUUAUAAAAGUAUUUUUUACAGUGUAGCUUAAAAUUUGGAAAAAUUCUACAUUUUCCUUAAAACGUCUCUACUGUGAUAAAAUGUAUACUUCAUAAGUA